GGGCUCAAGUUUCUUCCAGGGGCCUGUCAUUUGGGCAGAUUAGGGGAGGUCUGCACAGGUCCCUGAGCCACCUGCCCUGGCGUAUGGCCUUGCUGCUCACCCUGGUUGUGUCUGUCCCCUCCCUGCCCCCUCCAGCCUUUGCUUCAACCAAAGCUCCUUUGUUACCUCCCCUGCCCCCAGGCCUCGCCACCUGUCGCAGGCCACAAUCCCAUCUUUGUGUGAUGGGGCAGUUGUCAUGGCAGCUGGGCUCAGCUGAGGCCUUCCUGUCAGCUCAGUGUGGGGAGGACUGGGCUCAGAGCCAGCUGGUGGCAAAGGGAAGGUGACCAGGACCAUGUCUCCAGGCUCAUCUCCUGCGAGUGGCCCUCUGCCCCAGGACUUACUGAGCAGCGGAAGGGAAGGGGGCUCUCCGUGAGCCCUUGGCCUGUCAUCCCUUCAAUCCCGCCAGCAGGAGUGCCCUCUCCACGGGUUGGUGAUGAAGAUCAAGCAAGAGAAGCCCGAGUGGCUGCUGCAGACGCUGGCGUCGCAGGCCGUGCUGUCAGAGAGAGACAAGGAAAACAUUUUCCAGCAGCAGCGGCGGGGCCUCUCGCCAUGCGAGACCAUGGGGAAGCCUCGAGCCUUGGGGACGCAGGAGGAGACUGGCAGUCCAAGGUGGACCCCUCACACUGAGCAGGAGGCAGGACUGGCAGGCCGAGUUCCUGCCACCCCCGGGACCCUGAGCCCCGCACACUCUGCCGGCGAGGAUCACUUUGUGUGCCUGGACUGCGGAAAACGGUUCAGCUGGUGGUCGUCCCUGAAGAUUCACCAGCGCACCCACACAGGUGAGCAGCCCUACCUCUGCGGCAAGUGCGGCAAGCGCUUCAGCCAAAAGCCAAACCUGUUGCGCCACCAGCGACACCACACAGGCGAGAGGCCCUUCUGCUGCCCGGAGUGCGAGAGGCGCUUCAGCCAGAAGCAGCACCUGCUCAAGCAUCAGAAGACGCAUUCCCAGCCCACCACCCACUCGUGCCCCGAGUGCGCGCGCUGCUUCCGCCACCAGGUGGGUCUCCGCAUCCAUCAGCGCGCGCAUGCCCGGGACCGCCAGGGCGCGCACACUAGUCUGCACGAGCUGCUCCAGGAUGCAGUGGCACACCGGGCCUGUCGCCUGCAGCGGGGACUUCCCCGGGGACGACCCGAGUGGGCCUGGCUGGGGCUAUGCCAGCGUUGGUGGGGCCAUGAAGGGACACGGACUGCAGUUCCAGGCCUGUCAGGUCCCGGUGAGCAGCGCCAGUUCAUCUGUAAUGAGUGCGGCAAGAGCUUCACGUGGUGGUCAUCGCUGAACAUCCACCAGCGCAUCCACACGGGCGAGAGGCCCUAUGCGUGCCCUGAGUGCGGCCGCCGCUUCAGCCAGAAGCCCAACCUGACGCGGCACCUGCGCAACCACACGGGCGAGCGGCCGCACCAGUGCCUGCACUGCAGCCGCAGCUUCCGCCAGAAGCAGCACCUGCUCAAGCACGAGCGCACACACAUGCCCGGUGCCCAGGCAUCAUCUUGUCCCAGCUGCGGGAAGAGCUGCCCCAACCGAACCGCACUACGCGCCCACCUACGUGCUCAUGCUGCUGCUGCCAAGCCGCUGUGCCCGGGGCCUGAGGUGACAGGUGCAGAGCCAAUGCUGGAGCCCAAAGCUGAGGAUCCGCAGGGCGUGGCUGCACCACCGCACAGCCCUCAGCGGCCACAGGGAGUCCUGGGAGUUGCAGAAGGGUCCUGGGGCCGAGGGACCAGCGAACCCCGCCAGUUCAUCUGCAAUGAAUGUGGCAAGAGCUUCUCGUGGUGGUCGGCGCUGACGAUCCACCAGCGCAUCCACACGGGCGAGCGGCCUUAUCCGUGCCCCGAAUGCGGCCGCCGCUUCAGCCAGAAGCCCAACCUGACGCGGCAUCAACGCAACCACACGGGGGAGCGGCCCUACAGGUGCACCGCCUGCGGCCGCGGCUUCAGCCAAAAGCAGCACCUGCUCAAGCACCAGCGUGUUCACCGCGGAGCCCAGGAGGAGGCGCUGUAGCGUACCGGGACCCGGGCUGACCCUCGCUGGUGUG